AUGGCUAGUGAAGAUAACCGUGUCCCUUCCCCGCCACCAACAGGUGAUGACGGGGGAGGUGGAGGCAAAGGAGAAGAAACCCUUACUGAAGCCUUAGCCCUGAAGCCAGGGAUCCCUAUCAGAGGCAUCCGAAUGAAAUUUGCCGUGCUGACCGGGUUGGUAGAAGUCGGAGAGGUGUCCAAUAGGGACAUUGUAGAAACGGUCUUUAAUCUGCUUGUAGGAGGACAGUUUGAUUUAGAAAUGAAUUUCAUUAUCCAAGAAGGCGAGAGUAUCAUCUGUAUGGUGGACCUACUGGAAAAAUGUGACAUUACUUGCCAAGCCGAAGUCUGGAGCAUGUUUACAGCCAUUUUGAAGAAAAGCAUACGAAAUCUUCAAGUCUGCACUGAAGUAGGCCUUGUUGAAAAAGUACUUGGGAAAAUUGAAAAAGUUGACAGUAUGAUAGCAGAUCUUUUAGUUGACAUGUUGGGAGUGCUGGCUAGUUACAAUUUGACAGUUCGUGAACUAAAGCUGUUCUUCAGUAAACUUCAAGGAGAUAAAGGACAAUGGCCUCCACAUGCUGGGAAAUUGCUGUCUGUGCUAAAACAUAUGCCUCAGAAGUAUGGCCCUGAUGCCUUUUUCAACUUUCCUGGAAAGAGUGCUGCAGCUAUUGCAUUACCUCCUAUAGCCAAAUGGCCCUACCAGAAUGGUUUUACAUUUCAUACCUGGCUUCGAAUGGAUCCUGUAAAUAAUAUUAAUGUGGAUAAAGAUAAGCCUUAUUUAUACUGUUUCAGAACCAGCAAAGGUCUUGGUUAUUCUGCUCAUUUUGUUGGAGGCUGUUUGAUUAUAACUUCAAUAAAAUCAAAAGGAAAAGGCUUUCAACAUUGUGUGAAAUUUGAUUUCAAGCCCCAAAAGUGGUAUAUGGUAACUAUAGUGCACAUUUAUAACCGAUGGAAAAACAGUGAACUUCGAUGUUAUGUGAAUGGCGAACUAGCUUCCUAUGGAGAGAUAACAUGGUUUGUUAACACCAGUGAUACAUUUGACAAGUGCUUCCUGGGUUCGUCAGAAACAGCAGAUGCCAAUAGAGUGUUCUGUGGUCAGAUGACUGCAGUUUACCUUUUUAGUGAAGCUCUAAAUGCAGCUCAAAUAUUUGCAAUUUAUCAGUUGGGCCUGGGAUACAAGGGUACAUUUAAAUUCAAAGCAGAAAGUGACCUCUUCCUUGCUGACCACCACAAACUUUUAUUGUAUGAUGGCAAACUUUCCAGUGCUAUUGCUUUUACCUACAAUCCACGGGCUACCGAUGCUCAGCUAUGCCUUGAAUCAUCCCCUAAGGAUAACCCUUCAAUAUUUGUUCAUUCACCACAUGCCCUCAUGCUCCAGGACGUGAAGGCAGUUUUAACACAUUCUAUCCAAAGCGCUAUGCAUUCUAUUGGAGGAGUACAAGUGCUUUUCCCACUUUUUGCACAAUUGGAUUAUAGACAAUAUUUGUCUGAUGAGAUUGAUUUAACUGUAUGUUCAACCUUGCUGGCUUUUAUCAUGGAGUUAUUGAAGAACUCUAUUGCCAUGCAGGAGCAGAUGCUUGCCUGUAAGGGCUUCUUGGUAAUAGGAUAUAGUCUUGAAAAGUCUUCCAAAUCCCAUGUCAGCAGAGCAGUUCUUGAACUCUGCCUUGCAUUUUCAAAGUAUCUUAGUAAUCUUCAGAAUGGCAUGCCCCUCCUGAAGCAAUUGUGUGAUCAUAUUCUUCUUAACCCAGCAAUAUGGAUUCAUACCCCAGCUAAGGUCCAGUUAACACUCUACACUUAUCUGUCCACGGAAUUCAUUGGUACGGUUAACAUCUACAAUGCUAUUCGGAGAGUUGGAACGGUUCUUCUCAUCACACAUACACUGAAGUAUUACUACUGGGCAGUGAAUCCUCAGGAUCGAAGUGGUAUCACUCCAAAAGGAUUGGAUGGACCACGACCUAAUGAAAAGGAAAUACUUUCAUUACGAGCAUUCUUAUUGAUGUUCAUUAAACAGUUAGUGACAAAGGAUUCUGGAGUAAAGGAAGAUGAGCUACAGGCCAUUCUUAAUUAUUUGCUCACUAUGCAUGAGGAUGACAAUCUAAUGGAUGUCCUACAGCUGCUGGUUGCAUUGAUGUCUGAGCAUCCUAAUUCUAUGAUUCCUGCUUUUGACCAAAGUAAUGGAUUGCGGGUUAUCUAUAAACUUCUGGCAUCUAAAAGUGAAGGAAUCCGAGUACAAGCUCUCAAGGCAAUGGGCUAUUUUUUAAAACACUUGUCUCCAAAGAGAAAAGCUGAAGUCAUGCUUGGCCAUGGGUUAUUUUCCUUGCUGGCUGAAAGACUCAUGCUUCAGACAAAUUUAAUCACUAUGACCACAUAUAAUGUCUUAUUUGAGAUUCUUAUAGAACAAAUUUGCACUCAGGUGAUACAUAAACAACAUCCAGAUCCAGAUUCUUCAGUAAAGAUACAGAAUCCUCAGAUACUAAAAGUAAUCGCGACACUGCUUCGAAAUACUCCCCAGUGUCCUGAAAGCAUGGAGGUUCGCAGAGCCUUCCUUUCUGAUAUGAUUAAACUUUUUAAUAACAGUAGAGAAAACAGGAGGAGCUUACUACAGUGUUCUGUAUGGCAAGAAUGGAUGCUUUCUCUCUGCUAUUUUAAUCCCAAGAAUUCUGAUGAACAAAAGAUAACAGAAAUGGUAUAUACCAUAUUCAGAAUCCUACUCUACCAUGCAGUUAAAUAUGAAUGGGGUGGUUGGCGUGUAUGGGUUGACACUCUAUCAAUCACACAUUCAAAGGUCACUUUUGAACUACACAAAGAAAAUCUUGCCAAUGUAUUCAGGGAACAUCGAGAUAAAGUUGGUGAAGAAAUAGGGCCUUGUUCUUCAAGUCCUGUACCCCCAGUGCUUGAUGUUAGCAGAGAUGUUAAUGUUGUUGAAGGGGCCCAGCAAUCAAAUACUGAAGAUUCUCCAUCAUCCUCCAAUAUCAUCAGAAAUGAUGAUGAAAAAUCAAGUAUUGAGAAGGAAUAUUUGGUAGACUCUGCAUGCAACAUUGAACCAGAAACACAUAAUGCAUAUAAUGAAGAAAGAAAAACUGGCCAAGAAAAUCAGGAUUUACUAGACGAAAUCAACUUAGAAGAAACAUUGACAAAUGAGAAUAUGAAUACAGACGAUUUAGACGUAUCUUCUGUGUUAACAGAACCUUUGACUGUUUCCUCUAGUUCUUUUAAAACAACUAGCAAAGAUAUUAUGACCACAAGUGAAGCAACUGCUUCCUUAAGUUCUCCUUCUGAAGAAGAUGCCUCAGAGGUUCCAGAAUUAUUGGAUAAGUCCAUAGUAGAGGAAGAUGAUGAAGAUUAUGUGGAAUUAAAGGUAGAAAAUAGUCCUCCUGAAGAAACCACUCUUUCUACUGAACUCCAAAGAAAUAGUUUGUCUGUAGCUGCAACGAAAGCAAGUGAAAUAUUGGAGUUGACCAAUAGUAACUGCAAAGAAGAAGACCCAUUUACUAAAGAGCCAACUGAUGCUGAAACUCAAGAUUUUAAAGAUUCAGGAAUCUUGACUAUGACAGCGUCAGGAUCAUCAGCUACCUCACCAGAAGCCACUGCUUCCCAGAUAACCGAACAAUCAGACAUUGGUCAUAUCUUAGAAGAAGAGAAAGAAACAACUCGUUUUGUUAGAGAAACCAGAUUAAUUAAGGAUUGUGCUGGUAACAGCCUAGACUCUCCUGCUACUGAGCAGAAGAUUGCCAAGUUGGAUGUUUCCAGCAUUGCUACAGAUACUGAGAAACUUGAAUUAAAGGCCAGUACAAACAUGGACGUAUCUCAACCUCAACGGCCAGGACUUGAGAUGUCCAGACGACAGGAGCAACCCGGGCCAGCUGUAGCUCCCGAUGUAACUAAUGAACAAAGGAGGGAUUCCAGAUCAACUAUGUUUCGUAUUCCUGAAUUCAAGUGGUCUCAAAUGCAUCAACGUUUGCUCACAGAUCUAUUAUUUUCAAUUGAAACAGAUAUACAAAUGUGGAGAAGCCAUUCAACGAAGACAGUUAUGGACUUCGUGAAUAGCAGUGAUAAUGUCAUCUUUGUACACAACACAAUUCAUCUAAUCUCUCAAGUGAUGGACAACAUGGUCAUGGCCUGUGGGGGUAUACUUCCAUUGCUUUCAGCUGCUACAUCAGCUACACAUGAACUGGAGAAUAUUGAGCCUACUCAGGGCCUUUCAAUAGAAGCCUCUGUGGCAUUUUUGCAGAGGUUAAUCAGUCUUGUGGAUGUACUCAUUUUUGCAAGUUCUCUUGGCUUUACUGAAAUUGAAGCUGAAAAAAACAUGUCAUCUGGAGGAAUUUUACGGCAGUGUCUCCGACUGGUGUGUGCAGUGGCAGUAAGGAAUUGCUUAGAGUGUCAGCAGCAUCUACAACUGAAAACGAAGGGAAACACAGCAAAAGGCCAGAAGACUCUAUAUAGCCUGAUUCCCCUGGUGAAGUCUGCAUCAAAGGGUCCAAUGGAUAUUGCAACUGCUGGUAUAUCUCCAGUAAGAGAUCUUGACAGGCUUUUACAAGACAUGGAUAUUAAUCGGCUUAGAGCAGUUGUAUUCAGAGAUAUAGAGGAUAGCAAACAAGCUCAAUUCUUAGCCUUGGCAGUUGUAUACUUUAUUUCUGUUCUGAUGGUUUCAAAGUAUAGAGACAUUUUGGAACCUCAAAAUGAAAGACGGAGCCAGUCAUUUAAGGAAACCGACAAUGAAAGUGGCAGCACAUCACUUCCUGAUACGGAUACACCAGCAACAUUUAGUUCUUUGCCUUCGACAUCAGUGGAAGAAUCAGAAAACACAACAGCUACACGAAAGAAAGACUCAGGCACUGGAGAAGAAACAGCUAUUGGAGAAGCAAACAAUGUGAACACAGUUCUCCGUACAGUACCUUCUCAUACAGCACCUCCAGCAGUUAGUGCAGGACCUGAUGCCGUCAGUGAAGUGCUGUCCACUCUUUCAUUAGAAGUCAAUAAGUCUCAGGAAACCAAAAGUGAUGGAGGAAGAGAGUUGGAUAACAAAGAAGGAUCAUCAGUUUCCGUUUCAAAAAAUGUCAACGUGAAGGACAUUCUUCGAAGCUUGGUUAAUAUACCAGCAGAUGGAGUCUCAGUGGAUCCUGCACUUCUGCCACCAGCCUGUCUUGGAGCUCUUGGUGAUCUAUCUGUUGAACAACCUAUGCAGUUCAGGUCUUUUGACAGAAGUGUUGUCAUUGCAACAAAAAAAUCAGCAGUUUCACCUUCUACAUCAGGUACAAAUGUACCAUCCAGUGCUGUCAGCGUGGUUUCUUCAGUGGAUUCAGUCCAACCCCCAGAUGUUGGAGGGGAGUCACCUGGUAGUAGAUCAUCUCAAGCAAGAUUGCCUUCGGUUCCAACAGUAGGUUCAGUUCCACAAGAUGCAGUUUCAAAUAUGAGUAUUACAGACAGACUUGAGCAUGCUUUGGAAAAAGCAGCACCUCUUCUGCGAGAGAUUUUUGUGGAUUUUGCACCUUUUCUUUCCCGUACACUUUUGGGUAGCCAUGGACAAGAACUGCUUAUAGAGGGGACAAGUCUGGUUUGCAUGAAGUCAAGUAGUUCAGUUGUGGAAUUGGUGAUGCUGCUGUGUUCUCAGGAGUGGCAGAAUUCUAUUCAGAAGAAUGCAGGCCUUGCAUUUAUUGAACUUGUCAAUGAAGGAAGAUUACUUAGCCAAACAAUGAAGGAUCAUCUUGUAAGGGUAGCAAAUGAAGCUGAAUUCAUCCUGAGCAGACAGAGAGCUGAGGAUAUUCACAGACAUGCAGAAUUCGAGUCACUGUGUGCCCAGUAUUCUGCGGACAAACGAGAAGAUGAGAAAAUGUGUGAUCAUUUGAUCAGAGCAGCUAAAUAUCGAGACCAUGUGACAGCAACUCAACUAAUCCAGAAAAUUAUCAACAUUCUCACAGACAAGCAUGGAGCCUGGGGAAAUUCUACAGUGAGUCGUCCUCGUGAGUUCUGGCGCCUUGACUACUGGGAAGAUGACUUGCGGCGCCGGCGACGAUUUGUGCGUAACCCUCUAGGAUCGACACAUCCUGAAGCGACACUAAAAACAGCCGUGGAACAUGCUGCGGAUGAAGAUAUCCUUGCUAAAGGAAAACAGUCCAUCAAGAGUCAGGCUUUAGGAAAUCAGAACUCAGAAAACGAGAUCCUCCUGGAAGGUGACGAUGAUACUCUGUCAUCCGUGGAUGAGAAAGAUUUAGAGAAUCUCACUGGUCCUGUUAGCCUGAGCACACCAGCUCAGCUUGUGGCCCCCUCUGUUGUAGUAAAGGGCACUCUUUCUGUUACCUCCUCUGAGCUCUAUUUUGAGGUAGAUGAAGAGGAUCCAAACUUCAAGAAAAUCGACCCUAAGAUCCUGGCAUACACAGAAGGGCUGCAUGGAAAAUGGUUGUUCACAGAGAUACGAUCAAUCUUCUCUCGUCGUUAUCUUUUGCAAAAUACAGCCCUGGAGAUCUUUAUGGCAAACAGAGUUGCUGUGAUGUUCAACUUCCCAGAUUCUUCAACUGUAAAGAAAGUAGUUAACUAUCUACCUCGUGUUGGUAUUGGAACCAGCUUUGGAUUACCUCAAACCAGGCGCAUCUCAUUAGCUAGCCCACGUCAACUUUUUAAAGCUUCUAAUAUGACUCAGCGAUGGCAACACAGGGAGAUUUCAAAUUUCGAGUACUUGAUGUUUCUCAACACUAUAGCAGGACGAAGUUACAAUGACUUAAAUCAAUAUCCCGUGUUUCCCUGGGUAAUAACUAAUUAUGAAUCAGAAGAACUAGAUCUUACUCUGCCAAGCAACUUCAGAGAUUUAUCCAAGCCAAUUGGUGCUUUGAAUCCAAAAAGAGCAGCAUUCUUUGCAGAAAGAUAUGAAUCCUGGGAAGAUGAUCAGGUUCCAAAGUUCCAUUACGGUACUCAUUAUUCAACUGCAAGCUUUGUUCUUGCCUGGUUGCUGAGAAUAGAACCUUUUACAACUUACUUCCUAAAUUUGCAAGGAGGGAAAUUUGAUCAUGCAGAUAGAACUUUUUCAUCAGUUUCCAGAGCUUGGAGAAACAGUCAACGUGAUACAUCUGAUAUCAAGGAAUUGAUCCCUGAAUUUUAUUAUCUUCCUGAGAUGUUUGUCAACUUCAAUGGUUAUAAUCUUGGAGUGAUGGAUGAUGGGACAGUAGUGUCUGAUGUUGAACUUCCUCCUUGGGCCAAAACCUCAGAAGAAUUUGUUCGCAUAAACAGAUUGGCCUUGGAGAGUGAAUUUGUUUCCUGCCAGCUUCACCAAUGGAUCGAUCUCAUUUUUGGCUAUAAGCAGCAAGGACCAGAGGCUGUCCGGGCCCUCAAUGUGUUCUAUUAUCUGACCUACGAAGGAGCUGUCAAUUUGAAUUCAAUAACUGAUCCUGUACUGAGAGAGGCUGUUGAAGCUCAAAUCCGAAGUUUUGGACAGACGCCGUCUCAGCUGCUUAUAGAGCCCCAUCCUCCCAGAGGUUCUGCCAUGCAAGCGAGUCCCUUGAUGUUCACAGACCAAGCCCAGCAGGAUGUUAUCAUGGUCCUAAAGUUCCCUUCCAACUCCCCUGUCACUCACGUGGCAGCCAACACCCAACCUGGUUUGGCAACUCCUGCUGUGAUCACAGUCACUGCUAAUAGACUGUUUGCCGUGAACAAAUGGCACAACCUUCCUGCUCAUCAAGGUGCUGUACAAGACCAGCCAUACCAGCUGCCAGUGGAAAUCGAUCCUCUCAUAGCCAGCAAUACAGGAACACACAGGAGGCAAAUCACCGACCUUUUGGACCAAAGCAUUCAAGUCCAUUCCCAGUGCUUUGUCAUCACUUCAGACAACCGUUACAUUCUGGUCUGUGGCUUCUGGGAUAAGAGUUUCCGAGUCUAUUCUACAGACACAGGAAAAUUGAUCCAAGUAGUAUUUGGCCACUGGGAUGUUGUCACUUGCCUCACCCGUUCUGAGUCAUACAUUGGGGGAAAUUGCUACAUUCUCUCAGGAUCACGUGAUGCAACCCUUCUCCUGUGGUACUGGAAUGGAAAAAGCAGUGGGAUUGGAGAUAACCCAGGCAAAUUCAGCAAGUCGGGUUUUGAAGCCAGCAUACUAGCAGUGUUCAAGUUCAGGUGCAUCAUUUCCGGCAUGGCCUCCGGCAGCAUCGUCCUCUUCUACAACGAUUUUAACCGGUGGCAUCAUGAAUACCAGACGCGCUACUGA